UGCACAGGCUUCUACAGUCUGUGCGCUCUGACGUGGUGCUUUGCGCUGCUGUCAAUGGUGUUAGAUGAAGCUAUUGUAUUCGCCUCGGGAUUUGAGCAAUUCGCUUCGCUUUACCUUCCAUGUUUUCUGCGAUGAAGGAAUGAAGAGUCCUCACAAUAAACGAUAUUGACAUGAAGAAGGACAUAGAGGUGCUGAUAGCAGAGGAACGUGCUGAGAUCAUCUCUAAAUAUAAUAAGGGUAGAGACGCAGGAGUUCAGAUCGAUCCUUGGGAGGAUGCAGACUACAGCAUAUACAGAGUUACGGAUCGCUUUGGAUUUCUUCAUGAAGAAGAAUUACCCACACCCAGUGCCAUUGAAGAGAAGCAAAAACAUGUGGAGAUUGAGAGGGUGCAGAAAUGGCUGAAGAUGCUGAAGAACUGGAACAAGUACUGGAACAGUGACCGGAUGAUUAAGCGGGUGUAUAAAGGCAUCCCUCUACAGCUGAGAGGACAGGCUUGGGCCCUGCUACUGGAUGUCGAGAAAGUUAAGAGCGAUAAUGCAGGAAAAUAUGAGAGAAUGAAGGAGCAAGCCCUGCUGUACUCUUCCGAAAUCAAACAGAUCGACCUUGAUAUCAACAGGACCUUUCGAAACCACAUCAUGUUUAUGGAUCGAUUUGGUGUAAAGCAGCAGUCUUUGUUCCAUGUGCUCUCUGCGUACUCUGUUUACAAUACAGAAGUGAGUUACUGCCAGGGCAUGAGUCAGAUUGCGGCCAUUCUGUUAAUGUUCAUGAAUGAAGAAGAUGCUUUCUGGGCUUUGUCACAGCUCUUAACCAAUCAGAAACAUGGCAUGCACGGAUUCUUUGUUCCCGGAUUUCCCAAACUUCAGCGUUUCCAAAACCACCAUGACCAGAUUCUCUCCAAACUUUUACCCAAACUUAAGAAGCAUUUGGAUAAGGAGCAGAUGUCCUGUGGGAUUUACAGCACUAAAUGGUUCCUCCAGUGUUUUAUAGACAGGACCCCAUUCACUCUGACGUUACGUCUGUGGGAUAUCUUCAUCCUGGAGGGCGAGAAAGUUCUGACAGCCAUGGCUUACACCAUCCUUCAUCUCCACAAAAAACGUUUGCUUAAGAUGUCUCUGGAGGAUCUGAGAGAGUUUCUGCAGGAGAAGAUAGGAGAGUCAAUCUACCUCCAUGAUGACAUUGUCAUAGAGCAGCUUAAAGUGUCUAUGUCUGAACUUCGCAAAAUGAAGCUUGACUUCCCACCACCAGCUAAGCCUGAUGAGUUUCCAAGGAAACCUCUGGGUCUGGAGCUGCCUGUAGUUCUGACUCCGGUCAAAAGGCCCAAACCGAGCCCCUCAAUAGAUACGCCCAACAAAGAGCAGCUUAUCAAACGGCCACCAGCCUCUCUGCACAUCUCUCUACUGCAAGAGUCCAUCAUGCUGGAUGACAGCCCUCCACAGGACAAGAAGCCUUACAAAGAUGGAGGCACUGGCAGCAUGUCACCCCUCCCGUCACCCGACCCGGUUCUAGUGCACAGCCAGAUUCCUCUCACACCUGACGGAAUGAUAGGAGCCCCUGAGGACUGCGGGGAAUGGCCUCCUCCAUACGAACCUCCUCUCCCAGAGCUUAAUAAGACUCAAAACCAACCGGAGCUGUAUGAUUCUACUCCACCUCCAAAUGUGGCUGAAACAUCACCUGGUGAAAUGGCUUCACAAACAUCUCAAAACAUGGAGCAGGACACUUCAGAGACAGUAGGGGGCAGUGUGGGGAGUGACUUACCCUCUGACAAUUUCCAAUCUGUUUCCAUGCAAAAUUCCAGUGUAUACAGCUCUGAAAAUGGAGAGUUGGGAGAUGAUGAAUGUCAGAAUAUGGACACAUCUUCAGAGAUACUCUCCAUAUCGCCCAAAACAUCCUCAACAGCCUGCGAGUAGUCACAGUUAUCUGACAAACCAAUUCCCACCGUCCGUUCAGACCCUCUGUUUCAACACCCAUCCAGCCAACACUUCGCCAAGUCAGAGGCAUUUUAAGCCGCCAACUAACUUUUAUUCAAGUGCUUUGCCAGUGUUUAUGUGGAAAGCAUUAUUGAUAAAAGCAAGUAUUUUAAUAUUUGACUUCUCAGCAGCUGAAGUUUGUUCAGGUUGAAUCUGGACGCAUUACACCUGGCACGUAUGACCAAGAUAAAGUCUUCUUAAAAAAAGUGAGCUGGCUCACUGUUAAAUAUACAACUCGGCAUAUUUGUCAAUUGUUUUAUGAACAACUGCCUUCUGACUUUUCUUCCGCACUCUCUUAUUUGGAUAUGGUUUGCACAGAACCGUCACUUAUAACACCACAGCACCGCCAAUGUUUUUUGGAAUUUCUGUAUCCUAAUAAUGUAAUGGUUAGAGCUGUGAUGAAAAGACAAAUGAUUACUGUAGUAUAACUAUAGUGAUUUCUAACAUUCAAAAUCAACCAGUGGUUAAUAUGCUAUGGCUUGACAGAAUAUUGUAAUUAUUUGUUAAUAUCACAUUCCACUCCAGGUUAAAUGACACUGUAGCUUACCCUUUCUGAUAAGAAGUUACAGAGUAAUGUACUUGUAGUGUAUGUGUUUUUUUAGCGGUCAUAAUUAAAUAGGCUCCGUUUGUGAUGUGAAUCGUUUGGUGAUACCAGCUUUCUGGUAAUUUUGCAGUCCACAAGCCAAUAUUUAUAAUUCUGAUAGGGCAGUAUGGCUCUAAAGAUCUGGCACAGUUUCACUGAGACAGCUGCAAUUUAAAUUCCCAUAUAGAAAAGCUGAUGGCAAUAUUAAACAUGGCCUUUAACAAGAUUGAACCAUAUUUUUCUGGUCACCUAUAGCCACAACUUUAUAUACUUUUGGUAUUUGUACAUUUUUUCAUUUGUGUGAACAUUUUGUACACUUAGCUUUUUAAAGUAUUGUAUUUUAAUGCUUAUAGGAUUUUGUAUUUGUAAAUAACUUUAAUGUCAGAUUUGCUUUCUGAUUGCCUCAUCUAGCAUAAGCCUACUUAAAACAGUCAGCAACAACUAACUGGUCCUAGAGGGCUGGAAGAAGAAGCCCAGGAAGUGCUUCAGGUUUAUUUCAACUGGUUUAAUAAACUCAUGUUUUGAGGUUAUGAAUUAUUUUGCCAGAUGAUAUUUCUCAACAUUAUAUGUAGACCAGUACAAAAACUAAAAUUUUAAUCUUAAACAAAGAAAAUAGUAUUAAGAAAAGUAUUCUCAAGUAAAGUACGUAUACAGUCAUUAAUUAUCAAAACAGGUUCUUUAAGAUUUUUUUAAGCAGCUGUAUUGCCUCUCAGAAUAACAGUGUAAACCUAUUGUAAGUCUGAAAUUAGCAAUGUAUUGUUAUUAUGCCAUUGUAUUAAGACAUUGAUGGUUUUAAGAUCUAUUCCAGUGUGGACUUUGUCAGAUGCCUCUCUGUAAAUGUCAUUCUUAUCAGGGUUUUUUUUUUUUUUUUUAUUCAAAAUAUGUUUUCAGUACAUUAUUUGAGUUAUGGAUAGUGUACAUUCCUUUUAAGGAGUUUUGAGAACUCCAACCAAAAGGCUUUGGUUUUAUUCAUUCUGUAUAUAGUAAAUAUAUACCUAUUUAAUUUGUUAUUCUAUGUUUGAAUUAGAUUUGCAGAAAUAGAACUUUUCUAAUCUGG